AUGCAGGGCCGGCAUACGCAGUCGGGUCCUACCUUUAAUAAGGAGCACGACUGCUAUGAUUCGGAACUGCAUCUGGAUAAGGUGCUCACACACUUAUCGUUUAUUCGGAUUAACAUUGACAGUGUAGUACUCCCAGAAGAAAACCAAUUUAUUGAACGGUUGUACAAUGAAGGGUCGCUUUAUGGGUUCAACCUAGAAUAUCAAUUUCCUUGCCUUGAAAAUGUUUCGCGAUCUCUCAAAGCUCCAGUUCGGUUACCAGCCAAGAGUUUCUCCAUGACUAACAUACAGUUUCGCCAUAGGCGAGUUGUCCUUCUGCAAAUGAAUCCUGAUAUAAUUCCAUUCUGGAAUCGGCACAGUCUCAUAAUACGUCUUCAUGUUCAACUAAAUACUCGUGGAAAGUUUUCGACGCGCUUACUUGGUCACUGUGUCGUUCCACUUUCCGAGCUACUCAUUCCUCCUUUUAUGAUUUGUCGUGAUUUCAAUUUCAUCCCUACGAAAGGAAUGUCGUUCGAGGGCUCUUCAUUGAUCCGUAUCGAUCUGGGAAGCCGUGAAAAGAACUUGAGCGAAAAACUUAAUGAACUAAGGGAUCCAUUGUUGGAGUCAACUUAUGUGGUCAAGGGCAUCAGAAAUGAACGAGAUUCUGGAGAUCGGAACAGAUCAAGAGGUGUCUCGUUGGAUCGUGCGGUUCAGGUCAAUGAGAACAGACCUCCUUCUCACACGCAGCCUUUUCAUGCGAGUGCGCUCGUCCGUGGGAGGACAGAUGGACAUUUACAACGCGGCCAUCUCCCCAAAACAGCCCCAAUGCCGUUUCGUGAAAGAGUCCCAUCAAAUCUUACUGACAUAUCCGAUUCCGUUUUUGAAGAACAAGCUUUAAACUAUGGAACUGCUCGCCAACCAGGUGUGGGCUCUUAUGGCCCUCGAUAUGCAUAUGUUUCGGACUCUCAUCGAGAGUUUCGCCCAGCAGUGCGCUCUAGCACGUCAUCAAGUAUGAAAGAAAGAGAGCGUGAGAGCCCUCGGAGCAAAUGCCUCAUCCAACUCACCGUUCACGAAGCUCGCGGACUUCCACCUGUACGAGAUGAAAGGAAUCGCAUUGUUUCUCCCAAUGCAUACGUCUCUGUGUUGGGAAGAGAUGGUGAACUUCGCUCGCCAAUCUGUGAACGUUCUCGCCGACCACUUUGGAAUUGGACAGCACGAUUUCAUAUUUGUGGAGAGCGCCGCAAUAUUAUCGUAAAAGUACUUCAUCAUGAUAUGAGUGGCGACAUGACACUUGGCUUCGUGUCGGUUCCAUUACCAAUUGAAGAAGCGCAUCGUGUUGACUAUGAGAUGGUGGAUCUGACGGGAACAGCGGGCCUACACGGUGAAGUUCCGAUCAUAACGAUGUCUAUGGAAGCAAGUGAAGUUGUGCGUCGUCCCACUAGUGGGAUUCGGGCUCAGUCGACCUCAAGUUCAUGGAGCGAGCAGCAGGCGGCUUCUACGGGAUCUUCCCCUCCCUUACGAUCGGCAUCAACUUGCCCUCCCACACAGCGUUCAUCUCAUAAUGAAGAAUACCUUAUCACAGCUACACGAGAAGAGUUGGAAGAAAGAUUGAAGCGGAAUCUCUCUGAUUUGGAUCGACUGAUUAAAAAAAUCAAGGAAUGA